AUGGAAUCCUUGUUUAGUGAUCCGAUUUUGAAGGAUAAUAAUCCUGCAGUAGUAGGAAAGAAUAAUGUUAAAAAACGUAAGCAUCGUAAUCGAUUGGACAAAGAUACUAGUACAAAGAAAAAAAAGUCAACUGCCCCACAUUUACGUCGAAAUAUUCGACCAUUAUAUACCGAAGCAAAACUACAAAAUGAUACAUUAGCAGCACAAAAAGCCGAACAAGAACGAAUACAACGUUUACAAGAAACAAAUUGUAACAGAAUAUGUCAGCAACAAGAACAAGAACAAGAACAAUUACAACAGACAUCUAACGAGAAUAAUGUUGGCGAUGCCUGUGUUAACUCUUUAAAUCUUGAACAGAACAAUAAUAAACCUUUGUUUUAUGCACAAUUAAAUCAUGGAAAUCUUGAAUAUUCAACAGGAGAAGCAAAUAUUUUUCCACAAAAAACAUUAGAGCGAAAAAUAUCGAGUGAUGAUGAUUGCAUAUUGAUUGAUGAUGAUGAUAACGAUGAUGACGAUAGUAAUGAAAAAAUAGAGACCAUCCAAAAACUUAAUGAUACAAAUAAUGUCGGAGAAAUUUCUUCUGAUGAUAGUGAUUCCGAUAUUCAAUGUGUUACUAGUGAUACAGAAAAUGUGAACGAUACAUUAAGCAAAAAAUUACAACGUUUGCAUAUCGAUGAUCGUAUGAAUAUUCCAGAUGAGAAUGGUCUUAUUUUGGUCAACGUCAAUCAUCCCGGUGAAGAUAAUGACCUGUAUAUUCCAAAACAUUUAACAUUAACAUUAAAGCCACAUCAAAUCGGUGGAAUUCGUUUCAUGUAUGAUAAUAUUGUUGAAUCAAUCGAACAACAUAAAAAAACGGAUGGUCUAGGCUGUAUUCUUGCUCAUUCUAUGGGUUGCGGAAAAACGAUACAAGUUAUUGCGUUUAUUGAUACGCUGUUGAGACAUACAGUAGCCAAAUGUGUACUGAUUGUUGUUCCGAUAAAUACAAUUCAAAAUUGGGUUAAUGAAUUCAAGCGUUGGACUCCCGAAGAACUAAUAAUCAAUGAUUAUGUAUAUAAACGUCCAUUUAGUCUGUACAUAUUGAACGAAAUUGCAAAAAAGCUUGAACAUCGAGCUAAAAUAAUUCAAAAUUGGUCAGUAAACGGGGGUGUAUUGAUUUUGGGCUAUGAAAUGUUUCGAUUAAUGGUAACAAGAAAAGGUGCGAAUGCAAGGGGUACCAAUAAAAAAAAAAGAAACAAUAAUUUACAUAUACAACAACCAGUGUUCGUUGAUCUAGAAGAAGAAAAAAAUGUUGAUGCACUAAACGAUGUUCGAAAUGCUUUGUUAUCGCCUGAUCUUAUCAUAUGUCAUCGGAUUAAAAAUCAUUUGGCUGGUGUUGCACAAGCAUUGAAAGAAGUUAAAACCCAUCGACGUAUUGUGUUAACUGGAUAUCCAUUGCAAAAUAAUUUACUUGAAUAUUGGUGUAUGGUUGACUUUGUAAGACCGAAUUAUCUUGGCAGCCGUAAAGAAUUUUCAAAUAUGUUUGAACGCCCUAUUAUGAACGGACAAUGCGUUGAUUCAACUAUAGAAGAUGUAAAAUUGAUGAAAUAUCGAGCACACGUGUUACACAGUAUAUUAGAAGGAUUUGUUCAAAGACGUGGACACGAUGUAUUACAGAGUGCAUUACCACCAAAAGAUGAAUAUGUUAUUCUAUUAAAAUUAUCUACUGUACAAAGACAAUUAUACGUCAAAUUUUUGAAUGCUAUUGGUGCAUUAUCUUAUUCAGAAAAACUAAAUCCACUAAGAGCAUUUGCCAUCUGUUGUAAAAUAUGGAAUCAUGCUGAUGUUUUGUAUAAAUUUAUUAAAAAUCGUCAAGAAGGAUCUGAUCUUGAUCUUGAUAUUGAUUUAGAAUUAAACAAUACAAAAUCAACAACAAGACAACAACGUCUUAAUCGAAAUUCUAUAAAUAGUCAAUCUUCAUUUUCGCUAACGGGUGAUCAACAACAAAUGACAACAUUUUCAAUGGAAAAAAAAGAAUUUGAUUAUGAUUUUGCUAAUACAGUUUUCAAUUCAUAUAUGUGUGGUUUAUUUUCCAGUGGUAUCAAAUUUGAAGUUGCCUUUACACUACUUGAUUUAUCGAUAGAACUCGGAGAUAAAGUUCUUGUAUUCAGUCAAAGUUUAUUAUCAUUGAAUAUAUUUGAAGAAUUUUUAUAUCAGCGACGAAUACCAAAAAGCAAUGAUCAAGUUUGGGAAAAGAAUAAAACCUAUUUAAGGCUCGAUGGUAGUACAAGUAGUCUUGAUCGAGAAAAACUAAUUAAUAUUUUUAAUGCUCCAAAUUCAAAUGCAAAAUUAUUUUUAUUAUCAACACGAGCCGGUUGUCUUGGUAUUAAUUUAAUUGCUGCAAGUCGAGUAAUAGUUCUUGAUGUCAGUUGGAAUCCUUGUCAUGAUGCACAGGCCGUUUGUCGAGUAUAUCGAUAUGGACAAAAAAAACAUUGUUAUAUUUAUCGUCUGAUAGCCGAUUAUACAAUGGAAAAACGAAUUUAUGAUCGACAAAUAGCAAAACAAGGAAUGUCUGAUCGUGUUGUCGAUGAAUUACAACCUCAAAGUCAAUUUACAAAAAAUGAAGUUGAAAAUUUAGUCAUGUUUGCUGCAGAAGAAGAAUCAUCUGUUAAUGAUAUAUCGGACAUUGAAAAAGUAUCAAAUGAUGAUGUUUUAUUAAAUAUGUGUCAAAAACAUAUUCAAUCAAUAACUAAAGUGCCAUUUACUCAUGAAUCAUUGCUCUGUGACAAAAAAGAUAAUCAACUAACAUCAGCUGAUAAACGUCGUGCACAAAGAGAUUAUCAACAUCAAAAACGAAUGCAUACCACUAGUUAUAAACAACGAUUGACCAUAGGACAAAAUUUAUCAUAUCAGGCUAGAAAUACCCCUUUUUCUUACUCAAAUUAUCUGAAUACUGAUAACCGUAUUUUUAAUCAAUCAUCAUCAUCAUCAUUAUCAUCAUCAACAACACUUGAUACCCGUUUUCCACUCCUAAACAACUGUGGUCAACAACGUUUAUCUUCAUCUUUUAUGACACCAUUGUCAAUACAUUCACAACAAACAUCAACAAGUCAAAAAUUAGAUGAAUUAAAAUAUAGCGGAAUGAAUAUACAACAAAGCAUUCUUCGAUCUCCACUCAUAGUUCAGAUUGAAGCAAGAAAACAACAAAUCAUUCCGGCAAAUACUCAAGUACAGUAUAUUCAAACAUCAAAUGGUUCAUACAUACGAACUCCCGAAGGCAAAUUUUUUGCUAUUCGUUCACCUCAAAGCACUGAAGAACAAGAACAACAACAACAACAGCGACUGCCACCAAGUUCUCUUUUUGACGACUCAUUCGAUUCUAAUCCAACAAUAUCCUCCUCCUCAUCAUCAUCAUCAACUCUAUUACCACAAUCGUCUAUAAUAACUAAUUUUCAAACUCAACCACUAUCAACUUUUUCCGAUAUAAAUGUUGAUUCACUGUAUUUUCCAUAUAAUAAUUCGUUGACAGAUCUCAACGAGCAAGAUAAUUUUAAUUUUAUUGAUAAUAUUCAAGCAGGAACAAUAAACAAUGUUGAUUCAACAUCUGAUCCACUAUCAUCAUUUUGGGAUAAUGAUUUUUUUCCAAAUACAAAUAAUGACAAUAAUUUUGCAUCUUCUCCAUUACUAGACUGUUCAGAUUUAUUUGACAAUUUCUUCGGAACAUCUGAUCUUGAAUCGGCCGAUAUUUAUCAAAAAACACUAGCAAAUAAUAAUAUCUAUAAUUCAACAGCAUUAUCUGCUUCAACAUCUCUCUGA